AUGGAAGAGGUGUGGAAAGACAUAAACAUGUCUUCAUUGAAUGAACAAAACACACGACGACCCAUGAUUAUGAGUACUCGUGAAUCCUCCACCUUUGGUGGUGUUAUCCUUCAAGACUUUCUCACUCGACCAAAAAGCAUUGAUCAUCAUUACUCUUCUAAUAACUCAACUUCUUCUGUUGCUUCAGAUCAAAAUCCUUCUUUUUAUUGCCCUAAUACUCUUUCAACUGCCCCACCACCACUUGUCACUGCUCUCAGUUUAAACUCUCGUCCUAAUCAUUUUCCUUUCGACCCUCGUAUCAGACACAACAAUGAUAACAAUUCUCAGUUACUACUUCAACAACAACACCAACAAAGAAAUAUUACUGCUCCAAAGGCUUCUUUUGUCGUCAAUCCCUCACCAUUUGAUCCAAACGUCGGUGUUGUAUCUAAUGUUUUCUCUUGUUUUGGAAAGAGAUUUGGUGAACCACCUGAUGUUAGUCCUGGUGAAAGGAGAAACAAGAGAAUGAUCAAGAAUCGUGAAUCUGCUGCACGUUCACGAGCUUACACGAACGAACUGGAGCAAAAAGUUGAUUUUUUGAUGGAAGAGAAUGCAAAACUCAAAAGACAACAACAAGAGUUAUGGGAAGCAGCAGCAAGUAGUGCACCAAAGAAGAAUAGCUUACAUCGAACAUUAACAGCUCCAUUUUAA